GAUGCUCUUGCUGAGCGUGCACUUGCGGAGCAGCCCUCACGCCAGAACAUCGGAUUAAGUGAGGCUGUGGUGCGAGAUGUGGUGAGCGUGACUAUUCGGGACAUCGUUGGCAUUUUUGAAUCAUUGCUCGACCGUCUCUUGAUCGAAAAGAAGACGGAGACAAUUCGAAGCAUGGUGGUGGAAUUUAUGACAGAAGAUAUUUCCGCAACCAUCGCCGCUGGACAGGAAGAGUUGAAAGAGCAAGAGAUUGGCCACGUGCUUCAGGACGUGAGGGAUCUGCGCAGCCAGAUGAAUGGGACGGAGCAAGCCUGGGAGCAGAGGUUUGAUCAAGUCGGCGAACUGGAGCGAGCCCUCAACAGUUCCAAUGCGGAGUCCAGCAAUCGAUUUGCUAGUCUCGAGGCUCGCCUGCGUGAGCUGGAGGGCACGUCUGUUCGCCACAAUGCGCUGGACCUGGUCCUCAAGGACAUAGCGCAGGACAAGGAGAACAAAACAGCGGACAUCAGCGAGCUGUUCGCUAAGGAUGAGGAUACGCAAAGGCAUCUUGCAGAACUACAGCACGCCGUGUCAUCCAGCCUCGCCACGAAGAAAGAGCUGCACGAGGCAACCCAGCAAGUGCUGGAUGACAUGCACCACUCGUCGGAUGAAGUCACCGAGACUCUCAAGGAGCUGCAGAGCAACGUCGCUUGGCGCACGGAUGUCGAGGACUUGGACUUGAGACAACGCCAAAAAGUGACGGCGGUGCUGUCCGAGGUGCACAAGGCGCAGGAGGGACUCAAAGAGUUGGGAGAGAGGUUCGACGCCGCCCAGCAGCAAAACCACGAGGUGUUCGCCAGGAAUGUUCAGGUGAGGGAGAUGUUCUCACAGUACGGCGAGCUCAUGGAGGAUCUUGAAAAGAGACUCACCGAAGAGCAACGGAAGUUGGACCAGCAGAAGGUGGAGAAACAGGACCUCCAAGAUAAGAUGUCUUCGGUUUACGGCCGCAUGGAGGAGCUGAAGGUUGCUGAUGAGCACAUCUCCAACGGGCUCCGGGAGUUGGCCGGGAUGGUCACUGACCUCCAGGCUCACACAGCUGACAUGGCGACAAGGGGCUAUGCCGAAGAGGUGGCCCGCAAAUAUGCCGACGAAGUCGUUCGAGCCAGCACGGAGAAGGAAGAGAUCGAUGCACUGCGCCGAGACUUCAUUGAGGAACAAGAGCGCAUUCGAGCCAACGUACGUCAGCAGCAGAACAACAGGCGGGACCUGAACGCAGCGAUUGAAGAGCUCAAUGACUUGCGCGCUAAAUCCGUCAAAGUGGAUAAGCGGUGCAAUUCUCUGGAGGAAGGCAUCUCCUCCCUGAAGAAGCAGGAGGCGGAGAAUUGGGACACCAUGCAGGAUACCUUGAACAGCCAGGCUCAUACCUACGAGGAUCUGAAAAACACAUGCGAGGCUCUGCGCUUGGAGCUCAAUGAGCACGCGGAAAAGCAGCAGACGGAAGGGGAGAGGCUUCGUGAUCAAUCGACGCGCCAGUACCUGGAGCAGCUUGACAAAGCCCUGGAGCUGCAGGGAAAACUCAACAAACUGCAGCUGAGUCAUCAGGAGCUCGACGCAACUGUAAAGACCCAUUUUCCAGGCAUCACUUCGGCUGCAACAUUUGGGUGA